AUGGACAACGAUGUUUCAAGUAGCGAGAGGUUUCUGUCUCUUGAGCAAGUGCUAUGGGGGGAUUUUGAGGGGGGACCUACAGUAUCACGAAGUCCCUCUGGUAGAGACGCUAUCAGCCCUAUCUUUGAGGGUGAUGUCCCUCCUCUCAAGGCGGGGGCCCGAGGAUCGGGUGUGGCUAGUGGUAAAGUUGUCUCUCAUUGGUGGUCUGAUGCUGUUGAUUCCGCCCACGAGGAAGAUGUCAGUGGCAGUUCUAUCAGCCGGCGGUUGCGUCAGAAAUGCAACAUUGAUCCUCUAUUUUCCCAAUCCCCUGUUGUUAUCGACAUUGCCGAUACUGAUGACCCGCAACCUGUGGAAACAGUGGAUUUGCAUUGGCCUGAUGAGCUAGGCAUUGUGGGCAAUUACUCCGUACCUCUCUCUGUUCUCGGUGAUGCCCCAUAG